AUCAGAUGAGGCUUUUCCCUUGCGCCUUAUUCAUUGAUACACAAUAUAUUAGCUAUAGGGUACGGUAAAUACGCGGUAAUUAUAUUAUUGGCAACGUGUACGGACAUACUUCAAUUUGUUAAUGAAUUUAAAAAUGUUAAUAUGAAAUUAUUAAACUAUUUUUAUAUUUCAAGGAUCAAAAAGUGAUCCUAGUCGAUCAAAAAUGAUCCUAGCCAUCCGGGUAUUAAGAGAGGAUUUUAAGGAAGCUCACAACACUUUCUAUGUAGCCCUUCGGUAGUACGAAUAUAUACCAAGAUCUAAAGCAUCAUUUAUGAUGGGAAGGAAUGAAGAAGAAUGUGGUAAAAUUUAUAAACAAGUGUUCUAUACUUGUUAAAGCUUUAACACAUUAGAAAAGAGCAGGAGUGUUUUAUAUGCUACAUGAUAUUAUCUAGCUUUAUUGCAUCCCUCCUUUCCUUUUAGUUUGGUUUUCACGGUACGUAGUAUUUUAUAUGCAAUUAUGAUAUUAUUCAUGAUCGCUUUUCACGGUACGUAGUAUUUUAUAUGCAAUUAUGAUAUUAUUCAUGAUCAAUCUAUCCGGAAUAAUAGCACUUUGACUGUUUGAAAUAAGGGAUGGAAGGACUUUCUUCAACCUAUUAGUUAGCAUUUUGGAAACAAGCUUAUGUAGCACCUUACACAAACUAAUGAGUCGAAAUUCACAAACUGCUAGAGGGAUUAUCAACCUUUAGAAUUAAAGCACUAUGAGUAAAGUUAAUACAACAGUUCAAACUCCCCUCCCAUUCAAGAAACUAAAGAUAGCUUUGCAUACCUUCUCUCCUAUUACACUCCGGUAGGCCUGGUAGAAGUAGGCCCCAUAGCCAUCUGGCCUUGGGGAUUUAAGGGGACCCAUCUGCUGUAAGGCAGCUUCAAAAUCUCAGCCAACAAACUCCUUCAACACCUUAGCAUUCAUAGCACCAGUAACUUUUGGUUCCACUACUGUUAAACAUUGGUCAAUUGCUUGCUCCAUGGAUUGAAGAGCUGAAAAUGCUUUGGAACUACCGAAGGAAAACCUCUUAUCCAAGACACGCUGAACAAAAGUAGCGGUUGAGAUGGGUUACAGCAGGUUCUGGGUCCUACAUAAUUAAUGCACAAAACAAUUUAGGAAGCCAAUAUAUCUCCUUGAAAAAUGACCCACCUCACAUGGGUUUGUCCUAUGGUCGGAAGCUUUGAGGAAUUCACGCCUACCGUUCCAAAUCUAAUCAAGGUCGAACAGCUCAGACCACACUCAGAAGCAACAAAGAUUCAAGAAUAGGAGCGAAAGAUAGAAAAAGAAAGCCAGGAGGAGGCUUCAACUGUACACAGCUAAAAAAAGAAAAGACUCUAUGUUCUGAUUUUGUGAAAGUGAAGUUGGAAUAUUUUAGACAUUUUGUGAAAGAAUCUACAUUGAAUAUUUGUCUAAAAAAGACUUUGACACUGUCUUCAACCUCGAUAUUUUAGACAUUUUCGGUAUUCGGAUUCACUUGGCAUGAGCACUGAAGCAUGCGAUAGCAUUGACAUUGCUAGAAAUUUAAUCGUCUUCGGGCUGAAAUUUGGUUAAGUUGUUCAAAUGUCAAAUCAGUGUCACCUGCCUAUUUAGACCAAUACAGAUAUUUCAUUAGUACGAUUGAAGUUAAAAAAGGAAAGAAAGUGGGACUUCUAUCAUCUAUCCCCGUAUGUUGGGCCAAGAUUGUUCUAUCCGAAUUUAAGAGUCUUAAGUGUGAGAGAGAGACAAACACGUGAAGUUCACUGUCGUUAAAUCACACUUGUCCCAAAACUCUAAAUUGAUUGGAAGAGAGAUUCAAAAAUCCCAACUAUAUACUAACAAUAUGACUCAGUUUCAACCGUGGUCCUCAAAUUUAAUAAGAGGUUUGACAAUCUUUGUCUUGAACAAGUGGCCUUGAAAAAAUAAGCAGGUGGUUACCAUCAUCCAAAAGCGCUGUGUCCAUACUAUACUCUAGGUAUAAACUACUCUGAUUUCACAUGGCAAAACCAGUGCAGCGUGGGCUUGAAAUUUGCUAAGGUUUUAUAAUCUUUAGGCUAAAACCAGGCUGAUGUUUGUUAUGUGUCAAAUACUUGUGAUUAUCUAGACACUUACCGCAAAAUCUUUGAAGCAGAAGGAAGAGCUAAACAAGGAAUGGAUCCAAUGACCUUGCUGCAUAAAUGGUGGCAACUUCUACAUUCAAGCACACUGCUAAAUCUUUUCCUCUUCUCCCUGCUUCUCCUCUUCUCCUUACUGCAUCUCCUUAAGCUCACUAGAGGUAGAAAACUCAAUUUCCCUCCCUCUCCUCCUAAAUUGCCAAUAAUUGGCAACCUUCACCAGAUAGGGACACUCCUCUACCAAUCUCUCCAUGCUCUUUCUGAGAAGUAUGGCCCUAUUCUGCUAUUACGCUUUGGAAAUUCCCCAUUUCUUAUAGUUUCAUCCUCAGAAAUAGCUCGGGAGCUCAUGAAGGACCAUGAUGUGGUUUUCUUGAAUAGGCCCCAAAUAAGGGCAGCAAAUGUACUUUUCUAUGGAUGCACUGACAUUGCUUUUUGUCCCUAUGGUGAGUAUUGGAGACAAGCCAAGAAAAUCUGUGUUCUUGAGAUUUUAAGCCAAAAAAGGGUGCAAGCAUUUCAGUUUGUGAGAGAAGAAGAAGUUGCAGAGAUGGUCGAGAAGAUACGAAGCUCGUGUAUGAAUGGAGCAGCAAUUGAAAUAGGUGAGAUGCUUGUUACUAUCUCAAACGACAUAACUUCUAGAUCCUCCCUUGGUCAGAAGUAUGGAGGAGAAGAAGGUAGCAUGAAUUGUGGGCAGUUAUCAAGGAAGGCAAUGGAAGUAAUAGGAGCAUUUUGCUUUGAAGACCUCUUUCCAUGGCUGGGAUGGGUUGAUGUUCUGACCGGAUUUUCUGCAAGAUUGAGGAAGACUUCUAAAGCAUUACAUGCAGUCCUUGAUCAAAUAAUUGAAGAACAUGAAAAUAGAGGGGAUAGCAACCAAUCUGAUAAGAAAGAUUUUGUGGAUAUUCUUCUCCAUAUUCAGAAGAAUGGCAUGCUUGAUAUCGAUAUCACAAAAGACAAUAUCAAAGCACUCCUACUGGACAUGUUUGUGGGAGGAACUGAUACCACUGCCACAACCAUGGAAUGGGCAAUGGCAGAGCUUGUGAAAAAUCCUGGUGUGAUGAAGAAAGCCCAAGAAGAGGUAAGAACAGUGGUGGGAGAAAAAUCAAAAGUAAAUGAGGCUGAUCUAGAUCAAAUGGAGUACUUAAAGUGCAUUGUCAAAGAAACUUUGAGGUUACAUCCUCCUGUUAUGGCUACUCGCAGCACAUCUGCAAGUGCUAAACUUGUAGGUUAUGAUAUUCCUCCCAGAACAACCAUCUUGAUCAACACAUGGGCAAUUCAAAGGGAUCGCAAGUUAUGGGACAGGUCAGAGGAGUUUCUCCCAGAGAGAUUUCUUAACAACUCCGUUGCUUUCAAAGGCCAUCAUGACCAAUUCAUCCCCUCUCGUAGGGGACGAAGGGCAUGCCCUGGGAUGUCAUUCAGCAUCAUAGAAGCUGAAUAUGUGUUGGCCAAUCUCCUCUACUGGUUUGACUGGGAGUUGCCUGAUGGUGCAACUGUGGAGGACUUUGACAUGACUGAGAUUUAUAGGCUACUCAUUCGGAGGAAAACAUCUCUUCUCCUUGUACCAGUGCUGCAUUCUACUUAAUAAGACAUCCAUAGUCAUCUGUUUGUUAUGUUUUUUCUAUCUAUCCAUUGCCAUAGAGCUGUCUCCUUAAUGAUAUUAAGAACUUCUUUGUUGGUAA